AUGCGGCCCUCCAGCGAGCCACAAUCGCUGGAGGGGCCGGAUGCCAGCCGGAGGGGGGCGCUGCUGGGGAUGGCCACUGUGCUGGCGGGAGCGUCGCUAAGCGCGGCAGCGCCGCAGCUGGCCAGCGCCGCCACCCCAGUCGUGGCAGUGGGCACAUACCUGCCGGCGGCCGACGGGCUGCCCGGAUUCUGCCUCUACUCGCCCGACAGCAAGAAGACGCCCGCCAUCCGGGCGGGGGUGAUCAAGCCUGAGCCGGCUUACUACCAGUUUGCAGUGCCGGAGAGCUGGUCAGAGGCGCCGCUGCUCAACCCGCUGACCGGCAACUUCUGCAUGCCGCGCUGCGAGGAGCCCUGGUAUGAGUUCAAGUUUGAGGAUGGCAAGGAGGGCACCGCGCAGCUGGUUGUGACGGAGCUGCAGAAGCUGGGGGCCAAGCGCAGCGCCACAACGGCCGACCUGGGCGCGCCGGAGCAGCUGAUCCCGCGCAUCGGCAACUUCAUCACCGGCUCGUUUGUGCCUGAUGAGGAGGACAUUGUGAGCGCGGUGCCCAAGAAGGGGGCAGACGGCCUCACCUACUAUGUGUACGAGGAGGGCCUGGCGUAUCUGUUCAUUGUGACUGCGAACGACAAGCAGUGGGGCGCUGCGGAGAGCAAGCUGCGGACGAUGCUGGAGAGCUUCCAGGCGUGA